AUGGAAGUUAUCAACCCAUCGUUCGAAGACCUCGCAGCGCAAAAGCGUGCCCAACAACUGUCUCUGAUCCCCCCCGAAUGGCGGCUGGAGUAUAUCCCGUCGGUGGACUCGACCCCCAAUGUGCUAAGAUAUCUCCGUGAGAACCUCACUCCGAUUGAAAGGUCCCUCACGGAGGAGACCGACAUCAACAUUCUCCUGGCCAAACUUCAUUCCCAAGCGCUGUCAUCUCUGGAGCUGACGCGCGCUUUCGCCAAGCGAGCGGCAUUGGCUCACCAACUCACCAACUGCUGUACUGAGAUCUUCUUCGACGAGGCUUUUACCACGGCGAAGCAGCUGGAUGAGUACCUGGCCACGACGGGACGCACGGCAGGACCAUUGCAUGGGUUGCCAGUGUCAAUUAAGGAUGUGUUAUCGGUGAAAGGCAUGGAUACUUCAAUUGGUAGGACACUCUCCAGCCCGUCAGAAUGCUCCCCCACGAAGAGACUGAUGAUGAUCGGACUAGGAUGGGUUGGUCUGAUCAACAACCCUGCUCCGGCGGACAAGUCGGUGGCUAAAACGCUGCGUCGCCUGGGUGCAGUGCUCUACGUCAAGACCAAUCUGCCGCAGUCGAUGAUGAUGUCGGACUCGUAUAAUCAUGUUUACGGCCAGUGCGUGCACCCCCUCAAUCGCAGGCUGAUCUCCGGGGGCAGCUCGGGUGGCGAGUCUGCGCUGGUGAGUGCCCGAGGCAGCGUGCUGGGGAUUGGAACCGACUUAGGAGGUUCGAUUCGAAUUCCUGCCAGUGUGUGUGGCAUGUAUGGACUGUGUCCGAGUCAGGGGAGACAUCCGUAUGAGCGAGGAAGUGCUCAGCAGGAUAUUGUGCGCUCCGUGGCCGGCCCAAUGAGCAACAGUCUAGCGACCAUUGAGCGAUACAUGGAGGCAUUGCCAUGGGCGUCUUCGUGGACGAUCGACCCGCACGUAGUUCCGGUCCCAUGGCGCACCAACCUGGCCUCGAUCGGCAAUAAACGUCUCAAAGUCGGGUUUGUAAUUGACGACGGGAUGGUGAAGGUUCAGCCUCCGAUUGCGAGAGCGGUGCGAGAGAUUGUAGACUCACUACGAGCUGCCGGGCACGAAGUGUUCGAAUGGGAUGCCUCCUCUCACGGCUACGCAUACUUGCUCUGGCUAAAAGCCAUCUUAUCUGAUGGAGGAGAGGGAUGUCGCACGAAGAUAGAAUUGAGUGGUGAACCACUCAUUCAGGGGAUGCUUGUUGGCACACAGGCGGAUCUUCUCACAACUUCGCAGACACACCAGCUUCAUGCGGACAAAUACGCCUACGAGACCUCCUAUCUAGAUCGCUGGACCUCGUCGGGAGUUGACGCGCUCAUCAUGCCAGCUUCGACCUGGGUGGGCUAUGAACCGUGGACCUGGGUCCGGGGCAGCCAGUACGUAGGGUAUACGAGCAUCUGGAACUUUUUAGGAUAUGCUGCCAUGGCUGUUCCAGUCACCGUCGCCUCCAAAGAGAAAGAUUCGCCAGAUCAGGAAUGGCAUAGCCAUGUCCCCAGGAAUGACAGUGAUCGAUUCACAAAGGAGCAGUAUGAUAUUGACCUUGUGGAUGGUAUGCCUGUUGGUGUUCAGGUGGUUGGCGGACGGUUUGGAGAAGAAAUGUGUGUUGCGGUGUCCAAGAUCAUUGAACAGACCAUGGGAGCAGGCAAUCUGGUAGCGUCAAAGUUGUGA